CGCCAGUUUCUGAAACCCGAACGCUGGAUGGCUUGGUUUUUGGUUUGGGCGAACACCAAGUGUUUUUAAUGACUUAAACAUGUUUGAAAAGCAUUUUUAUGAUUUAAGAAGUGCAAUGAAGGUUUUUAGCCUAAAGAGCCAAGGUGUAAAGGAGGUGAAGCAAUACAAUGCAUCAAGGAGGUUGGCUAGGAGUAUAAAACCUGUCGGGCCUUUGAGAUCACCCUACCUUACGCAACUGAUUGAUCCUUCAGAUGGGUUAUCUGUCCUGGAGAAGAGGGUGACGAAUUGGGUGUUGCAGAAUCCGAAUGCUCCAAAGGAUGAAGCUGUUUUCGUGAAGGAUGGAUUUGAGUUAACAAGAGGUGAAAUUGCGUCGUUGGAUAUAGGGAAGCAUAUUUCAAAGAGGGUGAUAGAUGUCUGGUCAAUAAUACUCAACCACAAUGAGAAAUUCAGAAGUGAAGAAUCCCCGUUGCGUGUGUUUGCUAGGAGCAUGGAUUGUGUUGCAAAUGGGGAUAUCGUCGAUGUGUCUAAGGCGAACGUGAAGAACAUGUUUGCAAAUGCGCUGCUUCCUGCGUGGGAUGACAUGGCAGAUGAUUUCAACUGGGGGAAAGCUGAACUGAACUGGGCAUAUGUGUUGUGUGUUGGCCUAAAAAGCAGACGCUGUGACAUCCUGGAUAGCUCUUCAGCGAAAGAAAAAAACGAAGACAGAUAUGGUGACAUGCCAAAACGAGUUGUGAGGUUGUUGGGUGAUUUUCUUGAGCAGCAGAGGUUUGUUUUCAAAGGUAAAUGUGUUAGAGAAAUGGUUGCUAAGAGAAUUACGUUCCCUUGGAGAGAUCCGAAGGCUACGUUUGACUACGGUGUGGCAACCAUGCGUCAUAUGGAGACGUAUAUGGGGGAUGGUGGCAAAGGAUGGAACAGUGGCGUGUCGAGGUUAAAUCUGAAACCUAUGUUGUUGCUGCGAUGCAAGUACUGCGCAUGUAUACUUCUAAGCCCAGUUAAUGCACUGUUGGACAAGGUUUACAAAGAGUCGGAGAAACUUGAAAGGGAGAGGAAGGAAAAGGAUCCUAAGUGAACCCUCCCAUGGAAUGGCUGCAUCUUACUUUUGUGUUUUUGUUGAAUUAUUUUAAUUUGUUGUUGGUGAAAGUUGGUGACACCGUUCAUUGAUGGAAGUGUUAUUUGGGAACGAGUUAUCAGCCCAUAGUUGGGUUUUUUUGUGUGGAUUAGAGGCAGUGGUUUUUUUUGUAUAUGGUAUGAAUGGUUAUGGUUUUUUGAAUGAACUUGUGGUGUUGCC